AUGAUUUCCACUCACCAUUUCAUAAUACCUAGGUUGGCUAAACCAUCAAUAUGCACCAAAAGACAGCUUUCGUUUUUCUGGAAAAUGUUGGCCAUGGACGAUUCAAAGAAUAAAGUGAAAGAGCAUCAAUUGUAUACAUGGGAUGAAUCUCCAUAUGAAGAUAUCCGUGAGCGUGCGGCAAUGAUUAGAGCCCAAGCUUUAUGUCCUGUUACCUCAAAACCAGUCAACUUUGUUUGUCCAUAUUCAGGCAUUCCAACACAUCAUUCCAAAGAAGCAUGGGAACAAGACAAAGAGUACCAUGAGUCAAAAGUAUAUGAAAAAUUGAAAAAAGUUAACCUUUACGAGCAUGACUUGAGAUCAGGGAGAAAGUUUGCUGAAUUUGCUUUCCCUAAGAAACAAGAAAGAGACUUUUUGGUCAAUAUCAGUAACUGGGACUCAUUUUUCUACACAAGAGAUUUCCCACCAAUGAAUGAUGAAUUCAAUUUAGCGGCAGCAACUAAAGUUUUGACAUAUCCUAUUACUAUUGCGUCGAUUUUACAUAAAUUUUCGCCCUUACAAUUGGAGCCAAAGGGACCAUUGACAUUAGAAGGGGCCAAAUCUUUGGGUGCAUUGAGAUACACAUUGUAUCCUCCACAACUCGGAAAAUCAUCAACUAAUGCCACCUCAACAAACUCAGACGACAAUGCCGGUGAAAUUGCAUUUAAAGAAAGACCAAUGAGAAUUUUCUUGAUAGGCCCAAGAAUGGAAGGGAUGUUACCAGGUUACAUAUGGAAACAAUUUGGAUAUUUAUUCCCCAACACCGAGUUUGAAAUUCACUUGAUUGGUCCAGAAGCUUAUUAUGAUAAAAAGUUGCAAAAGUUUACGCCUGUCAGUGAUUCAAACGGGAGACCGUUAGUACAAAGAUUUGACGAACAAAUAACAUUGCAUUACCACUCUAAAUUUUUUAAUGAGUUGUAUGACAUGGGCGACCUUUUCCCAUUUGAUCCAUAUUUGGACGUAUUCUUCUGUUUCCAUCCUAAUUUCCAAUCUGCUGAUCAAAUACAUUGGGAUAAAUCGUUGAAAGGAUUGUUGGAAUCAAAAUGCCCCGUUUUCAUCAGUGGCUACCAUGAACAUGAAUUAUCGAAAGACAUUGAAUGGUUGAAGAAUCAUGAAUUGUACCCAGAAAUGGAUAUAAUCUUGAAUGGUACUCCAAACAACUUCGCUUGUACAAAAUACGACAUAAGAGUGACUGACCCUACUAAUCCUUUGAAUUUGAACAGUAGACUUUUUGGUUUCAGAGGUAAAAGGUAUCAUGCUAUUCAAACAUAA